CUUGCUGGAGAAGAGGGAGAAGCUUUGGCUUUUCUUCCAGCCAAGCUUUGUUGUAUUUAUAUUGAGUUAUUAUUUUGCUAGAUUACAGUUUUCACUACGUACAAAGUCGUAUACGUAUUUAGUGUAAGUUUAGGUGAAUUUAUGUAUUGAAGUGGUCGGAGAAAUGGACGAUCCGAAUCGAAUGAUGGCGCAUAGCGGCGGACUCAUGGGACCGCAGGGCUACGGGCUUCCCGGGGGCGAAGGUGCCCCAACGGCGGGCGACGGCGAAGCGCGCAAGCAGGACAUUGGCGAGAUCCUGCAGCAGAUCAUGAACAUUACUGACCAGAGUUUGGAUGAGGCGCAAGCGAGAAAACACACUUUGAAUUGUCACAGAAUGAAGCCUGCACUAUUUUCAGUGUUGUGUGAAAUCAAGGAGAAGACCGUCCUGUCCCUCCGCAAUACACAAGAGGAGGAGCCUCCAGAUCCUCAGCUGAUGCGUCUGGAUAACAUGCUUAUCGCGGAAGGCGUGGCGGGCCCGGAGAAGGGUGGCGGCGCGGGCGCGGCAGCCUCCGCCUCCGCUGCUGCCGGCGAAUGGGGUUCUGUGGCUCAAGCAGAUAACGCGAUCGAGCAUUCGGACUACCGCGCCAAGCUGGCCCAGAUCCGCCAGAUAUACCACCAGGAGCUGGACAAGUAUGAGAACGCGUGCAAUGAGUUCACUACACACGUAAUGAACUUAUUAAGGGAGCAGAGUCGUACGCGCCCUAUUACGCCUAAGGAAAUAGAGCGCAUGGUGCAGAUCAUCCACAAGAAGUUCAGCUCUAUCCAGAUGCAGCUGAAGCAGUCCACCUGCGAGGCCGUCAUGAUACUGCGCUCGCGUUUUCUGGACGCGCGCCGAAAACGCCGAAACUUCAGCAAGCAGGCCUCCGAGAUUCUGAACGAGUACUUCUACUCGCACCUCUCCAACCCGUACCCCAGCGAGGAGGCGAAAGAGGAGCUGGCCCGCAAGUGCGGCAUCACUGUCUCGCAGGUGUCCAACUGGUUUGGCAACAAGCGCAUUCGCUAUAAGAAGAACAUCGGCAAGGCGCAGGAGGAAGCCAACCUAUACGCCGCCAAGAAAGCUGCGGACUUGUCCUGGGUGGGCGCCGGCAGGCGCGAGGCUAGCUCCCCUCCGGCCAGAGCCACUUCAUAUUACACAGCGGGUGCGUCUCCAUACUCAAUGGGCGCUGCUUCGGGAACGGCCACGCCGAUGAUGUCGCCGGCGCCGACACAGGACUCGAUGGGUUACUCGCUGCCGGCGCCUGGUUACGACCAGCCGCAACCCAGCUACGACGGCUCCAUGGGCUACGACCCCAUGCACCAGGACCUGUCACCGUAGGUUUUGCGAACGCCCCGUAUCAGAGGAUACGGGUAUGACACGUAAUUGUGCAGCUUCCACAGAUUUGCCAUUUUACAUUACAUACUAUUAUUAAGUAGCUACGAUCUACGAUGCGUCUCGCGCGAUUCGACGCGACUCGACGCGACUUUGCCUUAGGACAUAGGACAUUGUAUACUAUAAACUACUACACGUUUAACAUAUUUCUAGCGUAUUUUUGGAAGGACAUGUAAUUGAGAUAGAUAAUUUUUCUCUUGUAUUAUUAACAAUCUAUACGACU